AUGAAAGACAAAGUCAAGAAAAUGGUAGUACAAGUAGAAGUCUCUUGAAAUAGAUAAAUGUAGCAUCUAUCUUUAAUCUUUAACAGCAUUAAAUUAUUAUAAUAAUCCAUCCAAUAAGAUUUACUCAGGUGGCCGCAAAAAUGGGGCGCCGGUGGUGGUGGAAGGUGGCGGUGCUGGUGGCGAUAGUGGCGGCGUGGAGAGGGUGGCAGGGCGGUGGAUUUGACAAAGACGCGGCGUUCAAGUUCGUGAGAGAUUGGUCGGACAAAUUAGGGUUUUGGGCGAUCCCUCUCUACGUCUCCGUCCACACCGUCUCCAUCGCUCUCUGUUUGCCCUCCGCCAUCUUCUUCGAAACCGCCGCCCCUCUCCUCUUCGGUUUCCUCCCUUCCGUAUUCUGUGUCUUCUCCGCCAAAAUCCUCGCAGCCUCUCUCUCCUUCUCGAUCGGCAGGUUUGUGUUCAGGAAAUCAAGCUCAGCAGUGGAGUGGGCCCAAAGAAACAGAUAUUUUCACUUAAUCUCUAGAGGAGUUGAGCGAGAUGGUUGGAAAUUUGUUCUUCUUGCCCGCUUCUCACCCGUGCCCUCUUACGUUAUUAACUAUACCUUAGCGGCUACUGAAGUUGGAUUCUUUCUGGAUUUCCUUCUUCCUACUGCUGUUGGAUGUCUCCCCAUGAUCUUGCAGAAUACAUCUAUUGGAAGUCUUGCUGGUGCUGCGGUUGCCUCAGCCUCUGGCUCUAAGAAAUCUCAAAUUUGGUCCUACUCUUUUCCUGUAGUUGGCAUUUUGUCUAGUGUACUUAUUUCCUUGAGAAUUAAAAAGUAUUCAAGCCAAGUUACAGCCUCUGAAAUACCCCCGAGCAAAGAUAAAACCCACGAUUCGUGACACACCUUAUCCGAUAGUGAAGAGUCAAGAGACGGAGUACCUUCGUAAAGGUCAAGGACCAUUUUUUGUUGAGUUAGUAUUAACAUUACACUAGUACGUUCUUACAAAAGCUUUUGUGCUGAUUUAAUCAUCGUUUAGUCUGGUAGUUGUAUUUCACUUAAGUUGUUUAAACUUUGGUUUGGAUGUUUUUGUUUAAUUAUAUUUGAAGCCUUUAUUUAGAUAGAGUA